AUGGCAACUUCAGGCGAACAGAGAGAGCAUGACGAGAACCACUUCUUCCCCAAUGAAGAUACCCCCUUACUUAGAGACCAGGAUAUCUCAACUGUGAGUACCGCGGGAGCUGAAGAAUCGCUAAUUGCUGUGUCCCUUUGGCAAAAGCCGAAGUACUUCAUUCUGAUAGAGACUGCCAUUUUUACCAAUGUCUUCCUCGCAGGUUUUGAUGGAACAGUAACUGCUUCUACCUAUGCUGUGAUCAGCUCCGACCUACAGCAAUCCAACCUCGCCUCAUGGAUAACUACAUCAUACCUCUUGACAAGUACGGCCAUCCAACCACUUUACGGGCGUUUCUCGGAUAUUUUCGGUCGGCGCGCAUGUCUUCUGAUGGCGACGGCUGUGUUUGGUCUUGGGUGUUUGGGAUGCGCUUGCAGCACCGAUAUGACCACUCUCAUUAUGAUGAGGGCUUUGGCAGGACUCGGUGGCGGAGGAUUGAUGACUAUGACAACAAUCAUCAAUACAGACCUCAUUCCCAAGAAGCAGCGAGGCAUCUACCAAGCUUUCCAGAAUAUCCUCCAUGGCUCAGGCGCUAUAUGCGGUACAGCCCUCGGCGGUGUGCUUUCUGACACAAUCGGAUGGCGCAUCUGUUUCCUUGGACAAGUUCCCGUGGCCUUGGCUGGCCUGUGCCUUGCGGCAAAGGUGGUGAAGACAGAGGAUGGACAGAGAGCGGAUGUUGCAAUUUUUUGGAACCAAACCACAAGCCAGCUGGAUCUCUUGGGGGCAGCCCUUCUUUUUGCUGGUCUUGUACUGCUUCUAGCUGCCUUGACACUGGUUGUUGAGCGAUCCUGGGAUGAUUGGCUGGUAAUCAUGUUGUUUGCGGUAGGUGUUGUUCUUCUGAUGGCAUUCAUUGUACAGGAAUAUCGGUGCAAAGGUCUGCCAAUCCUCCCGUUGGAUAUGAUGAAUGGCUAUGAGAGGGUUGGGCUGUUGAUCAGUAAUAUCUCGCUUGGCAUAACAGCUUACGGUAUUUUGUUCCUCAUGCCGUUCUUCUUCCAAACAGUCUUACUGGAUAGAGCUUCUUCAGCAGGCCUCCGACUCGUCCCACCGUCCCUGGGCACACCCAUUGGCGGACUCAUAACGGGCAUUGUGAUGCGUCACGGUGGAGACCACCUGACAUUUCUCACGCGUCUUGGACUUACUGCGAUGCUCCUUUCAAAUAUCUUGUUGUUGAUACUAGGUCUUCAUGAGAAAGAUUGGAAGUAG